AUGUCGAUAAUCCAGAUUCUUGGUCAGGUCUCAAGGAGAUGGCUCACCUCAUCCUGUUGGUGCUGCUUGUCAACACCUACGCCUACGCUGCCUCCCAGCCGGCGGCUACAGAUACUGGGUCAACGAAACCCAGCCUCCAGCGUGACCCAAACUUUCAUGGCCUACCCGCGCGAGGUCCUCUACCAAGCCCGCAGCGCCGCCGCUCGCCUCAACGAUCAGCUCGACUUCGACUUCCACAACGUCUUCCACGCCAUCUUCAAGGUCAGCGUCUGCACCCAAAACACCUACCGCUACUCCCCCGAGUACGACCACGCCUGGGGUCCCACCGCAGGCGUCCCUUGGCAAAUAGUAUCAGACACCAUGUUCGGCCUGGGCAACAACUGGCGCUCCACAGACAACCGCAUUGACGCCCACCUCCGCAUCUACUGCAACGACGGCGCCAGAUACGAACACUCGGCCAACGGCCAGCUCUGGGACACCGUCGAGCACUUCUACCGCCCCGCCGGCGACGGCGGAGUCCACGCCUGCCAGGAGCAAACCUUCCACCGUUGCUACGUGACCCACCUUCAUCAACUGGGCGAUACUGGAGGGCGUGUCCGACGUGCCAUUUUACUCCGUCAUGGACAUCCGUCAAAACCUGUGGAACGUCCUCGGUCAGCUGGACCAGUCCCAACUCCGAGGACUAUCGAUCGGGCUCAGAUGGCGUAUGGAGGGAGGAGAGAGAGAGAGAGAGAGAGAGAGAGAGAGAAAGAUGACAUGCACAACCUGGCGGUUUUCUCCCUCGGGCUGGAGCAGAUGCCCGUCCAGACGCUGUUCCACGAGUGGAUGCACGCCAUGCCGUUUCUCGGGCAGGAUUAUCCAGACGCCCGAGGUAUGAGCGGGAGUUGGGACUAUGUGAUCACUCUGUUCAUAGAGCAAGCGUUGCAUGUUCCAGAGGCCUACAUAUAUCUCGGCCUCUGGGCUGCCCUUGCUGACCUGAGCCCAAGCGGUUACCUGGACGCCAAUGGCAGGGGAGGUGGAUACACAAUCGACCGCUUCUGGGGCAUACGGCCUGAGGAAACCAAAUGGGACCAGAAUUUCCUUGAGGACAACACGGGUGAAACCGACAAUCCGGCUUUUGGAGGCUGGAUUACGGCGUAA